CUGUAAUGCACAACCGCACGCAUACUUGUGUGUGUCUUCGGCUAUGCGUGGGGAUGACCUCGUUUCUACCAUGGCGGGGUCCUAGAGUAAGAUCCACCCCAGCCGGAGAUGGAGACCAUGGUCAAGCUUUCAUGGAGCACGAUGGGACUCAUGACCAUACAUAUCCAGUAGAAAAUAUGGAGGAUUUGUAAGUUUCGCAUUGAGCACUCGGAAAGCCUCAGUUUGGUACUGGGUGUUCUCUCUCGGAACUGAGUGCAAUAUUCAUCGCCGUUGAUGCGCCACCGGUUCAUAGAAUGUUGGCGCUUCUAGGAAGGGAGUCACAAGGAUGCUUGUUCAUGUGCAUGAUUGUGCAACGAGCGUUUCCAUUCCUCGUGAGAGUCGUUUCUCGCAAUUUAACCGCUUUGAAUUCCGCUACGACUGACGCUUGAAGGUUGAUAACUUCUCGUUGCGUCCAGGAGCGCGUCUUGCUUCCAUUCAUUCCCUUUCGCGCUGUCUUCAUUCUGUUUUCUUUUUUUUGUGUUGGGUUCCGCUUUGUUUUAGAGUUUUGUCAGUGAAAAAGUUGAACCGGGCUGCCGCCUCGCCACCCCGCCGUCGCCACAUAUUCGUAUCCCUUAUUUGACGUUUCCCAUUUUUCUUUCGCCCACGAGGAUUAUUCCUAUUCGCUGAGGUACCCAGAGUCUUAAUUUUGACCACACCUGGAGCCCCGGAUUGGUAGGUGAUUAGUGAGCGCACUCGCUUGCAGCCAUUUGUCGCUGUGGCGCUGCCACUGCUUUACUCACCUAGAGGGUGAUUCAAAUCCCCAGAUUCACUCGUGGCAACUACCUGGUCUGCUGACAACGCCAGAUGUAAUGCUGACUCUUGGAGGAUUGGCAACUCCCAACAACCUCUGCGAGAUUCAGUUGGUGAGGCAAUAGCUUUAGCAACUCAGACUGCGAAGUGGUUCUUGCACAGGCUGUGACCUGUAUUGAAGAGCAUAAGAAAUUGUGGGUGUAUUGUGGUGAUAGGUUUUAUGUUGAGACGCGCUCUUGGGCACUUGCGAGGAAUUCGGUCCCGGAGUUUAGUUUGGUCUCAAGGUUACGGUUCUCUACACGUGGACACUCAUUGAUAGGUUUAGGAACUCUUGCUUGAUAAAACAAUGUUUUUGAUAACUUGCGGGACGAAGAGGAUUACGCGUGAGAGGAGCUGAUCUCAUGCGGGAUGAAUCGAUUCAGGGGAUUCUUCCACUUGUACAGCACAUGACGUCGAGGUCAACGGAGGAGGCGUAGAGGAUAUAGCGCCGUGAAGUACCGCUUGAGCAUGGCUUUUCUAAGUUUUGAGAGAACUGCAGAGGUUUUUGCUACUGUUCUCAACUGCAUCGUGUUCGGAUUGUGCGACUUGGUGGAUAAGCUCCUAUGUCCUGUGUUUCGAUUCCUGGAUUGGCAGUUUGACAGAAACUCCUCUCCAUGCCACUGCGCCCACCCGACCGCAAGUAAGCUUCAGGUGGAGGGGAGAAAUUAUGCGCAAGAUUUUUGGACUGGUCCAAGUCACACACUUUAUGACCGGAGAAAAUGGUGGAGUCGGGUGUGGAAGAACUCCCGAGGGGAGAAACUCGGUGCCAAGGCGGAGAAGGCGAGACUUGCAGCUACAUUACCGGCCAUUGUGGGGAAACUGAAGGCGAAGACCUGGGCGGUAGUGUCCUCGUCGUCAAAUGCGUUGGAUCAGGAGGUGGUGAAAAAAAACCGUGCACGGUCGGCAUGUUGGUCGGACUGCCAGUGCAAGAUAUGCACAGCUUGGCUUACGAGAGAGAAUUCCCUCUACGUUCACGCCGAUUGUAAAGAUUUUUCUGUCGCGAAUGGGGAAGACUUCAAAUCGAAAGCUGCUGCACACAAUGUCAUUUUCUUACACGGUUUCCUAUCGUCGUCAUCUUUCUGGGUGGACACGGUGCUGCCGCAUUUGUCUCCGGAAGUUCGAUCCUCCCAUCGCUUGUUUGCCGUGGAUGUGCUUGGAUUUGGCAAGAGCCCACGACCUGACGACUUCUUGUACACUAAUGGAGACCAUGUGGAAAUGAUUCGCAGAUCUGUCCUCGAGAAGUAUGGAAUUCGUAAGUUCCACUUGGUGGCUCACUCCAUGGGAUGCACUAUUGCUUUGGCUUUGGCUGGCCAAGAUCCAGCUGCUGUAAAUUCUAUUACCAUUCUUGCACCGCUUUACUUCUCAACGAGACCAGGCGUGCCACCUGCUUCGUACGCCUUGAGCAAUGUAGCACCACAGAAAAUCUGGCCCAUUUUUGCAUUUGUUCACUCACUCAUGUCCUGGUACGAGCAUCUGGGAAGAGUCGUUUGCCUCGUGUUUUGCAAACAUCACAGGUUCUGGAUCCCUCUUAUGACUUUCGUCGCCAGGUUAUUAGGCAGCAGGAUGCCACCUUCCUUCAUACACGACUAUAUGCAGCACAGCCAUCGGUCGGCCUUUAAGAUGUUACACAACACCAUCUGCGUUGGACCCUUCGUCAUUGAACACUCCAUGGCGAAGCUUGCAAACGCAGGUCGGCACGUCCAUGUUAUCCAUGGAGAAGAUGACAUGACUUGCUCUGUUGAAUGUGGCAUUGCGCUGAGCCAAAAAUUCUCGAAUGUGAUGCUAUCCAGAAUACCUGGAGCGGAUCACUUAUCAGUUGUCUUGGGUCGAGAACAAGAGCUCGCUCGAGAAUUAGGAGCUCAAAUUCUUGGUCAUUCCCAAUAAUUCUAGCCAUUUUGCUAUUAGACUGGGUCUUAUUCCUCGUCAAAGUUAUGAAUGAGUAGAGAUGCUUUUAGAAUAUCACACGAACUUUUUACCUGUGGUGGUCAUCCUAAUAAUUCUUGCUGGAACAUGUGAGUUUGUAUUGGGAAUAAGAUGCACUAUUUUGAUUCUCCAGUCGAUUAGACGAUAAAUUAUAAUUAUUUUUCAUGCACUUUGAUGCACCAUAGAAGGCACGCUGAAUACUUGAUUUUUCAGUCUUUCUUGCCGAAUUCAUAUUUGAUUUUGUUAAACAUAUGGUCAUGACUAUUAGAACUGAUCAUUCCUUAGUCAUGAGUUUGUUGGAACCAAACUCUACUCA